CUUAAUUAAUCAGUUAAAUAUAUUAUGUCAAAAUGUGUGGGAUAGACCAAAUUCACAAUUUCCAAGGGAUACAGACAUUUGAUCUAUUUCAAACUCACUACUCUUUAUGCUAGGAUAAUUUUAUGUUAGAUAAUAGUUUGGCAUUUGUGCCUCUAAUCCUAAAGUUAUGAGACUCUUAUGUACCAUAUGGAAUGUGCCUUGAGAAUCCUUUAAAAACCAUGACCUUCAACAUCAAGCUGGAGGUUUUAGGAGUCAAAUAGAAUCCAAGAAUUACUGCAUAUCUUUAUUUGAUAUAUAGAUGUAAAUGUAAUCCCACCAUCUUUAUCUGAUACCCUUCACUGUCACCAACAUCCCUGUCUUAUUGUUAUUCAUUCCCAUUGUCACAGCAUGGUGAUGACCUCUUUCUCUCCUCUCUCUCUUUUCUUCGCUCACUGACGGUGACAAGCUGUUGCCGUGUCCCUCUGGACGACUCCCUCUCUUGCCUCCUCCCUCUCUCUCUCUCUCCCUCUCUCCACCUGUUGAUGCCAUUGUUGCUCGGCCAGCAUUGUGGUCUUUUAUUUUUUUACUCAACUCAUUUUACACACCCCUCUUUUAUUCUUCACUUUUUCACUUUAUUCAUCACCAGUCACCCUUUCACUCAGAGCAUAUAUAAGCAGACCGAGGAGAGAAGAAGGCUGAGAACAACGCAAGAAACAGACACUCACCAGCACACAUUUAAAAUUAAGCACUUUAAAGAGUGCAAGGAAGUUGGCACUUACUUUUGUACUCGGGACCAAGACUUCUGAGACACACUUUGGACAACUUCAGUUUUGGAUCACAACUGCUGGCAGGAGUGAUGUCGGUGUCUCUGUGGUGUGAGGAGGAAGAGGGCCAGGACAGGACUCAGUCUUCAGUCCGAGCCCCAUGGGACCCCAGCGCCUCUGGGCUGAGGGUUAUUCAGAGACUUCUGCAGUCAGAGGAGAGAUACCUGCCGUCUCCUCUCUACAUCUCACUCAUCCAGAGAGAACCACAGCGCAGAGAGGAAUUGGCCAAGUGGACCAUGGAGGUGUGCUGUGAAUGUGACUGCGAUGAGUCUGUAUUUCCUCUGGCUGUCUCCCUGUUGGAUCGAUAUCUGUCGGCCACUUUAUCUCUGCCUGUCUCUCCAUCCUGUCUGGCUGCAGCGUGUGUCCUGGUGGCCUCAAAACUGACAGAAAGUGACACAGUUAGUGCAGAUACCCUCUGUGCGGCAGCAGAGUACGACUUUCUCUUAUCAAAUCUGCGGGAAAUGGAGCGUGUUGUCCUGGCGACUCUGCGAUGGGAUGUGGCAGCAGUGACCCCUCAGGACUUUAUCCCACACUUCCUGCGCACUCUCGGGGAACUCAAGGAUGGUGACGUGCAUACAGGAGACUUUCUCACAACACUGCGGCGCCACAGUGAUACACUUGUUGCCAUGUGUGUGUGUGACUCUCGUUUUCUGGGAACACCUCCGUCACUGGUUGCUGCGGCUGCACUGAACUCUGCCCUUCGGGGUUUAAGGGCCAAGAGUGCGGGAGAGCUGAGUGUCAUGACCUCUGCCCUGGCCACACUCUGUCAGACUGAUGUGGCGGUGCUGCAGUGCUGCACUGAGCUGAUAGAAGGAGCUCUCAGGGAGAGACUGAGGAAUGGAGCACAGGAAGAGAAAGAUGGUGAUAUUGAAGAUGAAAGAGCCAGCACUCCCACAGACCUAAGAGAAAUAGACUUCUAAUACAGGGUUAAUUUAUGAGUCAUAUUUAUUGCGUCUCACUUUUAUUUAUCAGUAAAACUGAUUUAAACACAAUGUGACGUACAUUUAUGUUUUGUCUUUUGUAACUUCUGAAGUGAUCUAAUUUAUAAUGAUUUUGUAUUUAUUUGUUUGAGGGAUUAUGAUUUACUUGUGCCAUAUUUAUUACUUCUAUUGCCAUAACUGUAAUUGUGACCUUUUAUGUAUUAUAGGUGUUUCCUUUUCACUUUAUGUAUUACAUUUCUACAUUUUAUAGUUGUUUUAUUAUCAUAUUAUUUAUUGUGUGCACAUUUUUAUAUUUAAUUUAUUUUGUUUGUCAGUGUUUCAGCCUGUAAUGUAAUCAAAGUGUUGGAUAAAAAUGAAUAUCUAUUUUUCGAAGUAAUUGAAAUAAAGUGUCUAUG